CCAGGAAAUAGAAUCUACCGGCUGUAAACCCCGGAGCCAGGAGACCCUGUGCGGAGAACCGCCGCUAUGUUCCGGUGGCUGCUGGGCAGCAGAGAGCCGCAGGCCGGGGCCGAGAAGUCGGCCAUAUUAAACAUCGGCGAGGAGCAGAGCCAGAAUCCAUAUACAGAGCUUACAGCCCUAAAAGCCCACACGGACAUUGUGCGCUUCCUAGUGCAAGUAGACGACAACAGGUUUGCUUCAGCUUGUGAUGAUGGCUCCGUCAUUGUAUGGGAUGUUCAGACUGGUGAAGUGCUUUUCGAGCUUCAUGGACACACACAGAAGAUCACCGCUAUCAUUGUGUUUCCAAGCAAUGAAAUGCACGGCGAAAGGGUUGACCUAAUGCUGACGGCGUCUUCUGAUAGGACCGUCAUUGCUUGGGAUUGUGAAAGCGGCCAGGUAGUUUAUAAAGCCUCCGACUUCCUCUCUACUGUAAAGAAUCUAAUAGUCCUUCAGAGCUUAGAUGUCUGGCUCUCCGGCGGAGGAGAGAUCCGUAUAUGGAGUCGUGAUUUUAAGGUUCUGGGUGAGAUUGGCUCCUUUUCUGAUGGAGGCAUUGCAGCACUGGUUGAACUACCUAAGAACUGCGUGGCUGCCGCAGUCGGAAGAGAUUUGCGCAUCUAUAAACUUGGUGCAGGAGCUGCAGGGUCUGACAAGUGGAGCAUUUCUGAAGUCAGAUGUCUUUCUACUCACCAAGAUGUUAUUCGAACACUUGCAAAUGUGAACGAGGUAACGUUUGUAAGCGGCUCCCAUGCUGGGGAAUUGAUCGUGUGGGAUGCUUUAGAUUGGUCGGUUCAAGCUUUUGAAAGGAAUCUUUCUUGCGUUGCUUCACCACAAGAUGUGCCCCCAGAGAAUAACCUUCUGCCUCUGCAAGAGGAGGUUUCAAUCCAGUGCAUUGCAUCGGAUGGAGAGUGUGUCUUUGUGGCUGUAUGUAGAAGUAUUUGUGUGUACAACCUGCAAACAAAGCGAGUGAUUGCUUAUCAUAAGAACGCCCAUGAUUCUGAUAUUCAGCACAUGGCAACUCUUCCUAACAGACAGUUGGUGUCGUGCUCAGAAGAUGGUAGCGUUCGCAUUUGGGAGUUAAGGUCAAAACCACAAUUUCAGGCGGAGUCUGUUGCUGCAGGCUUCUUCAGUAUGUGGGCAUUUGGGAAACCAAGCAAACAGUCUAAUCAUACAGCGAAGAGGGCUGCAGAAAGUGGAAUUAUAGCCUCGCUGGAGCUCAUCGGUGAUCUGAUUGGACAUUCUUCUUCUGUACAGAUGUUUCUGUAUCUUCAAGAUCAUGGUCUGGUGACGUGUUCUGCUGAUCACCUAAUUAUCCUUUGGAAGGAGGGAAAGCGAGAGUCCAGACUGCGCAGCCUGAUGCUCUUUCAAAAACUGGAACAAAAUGGAGACUUACAGGCGAGGCUCUCCCUACACUAAACCAUGUAGUUACUGUGUCGCCCAGUGUGGAGCAAAGAGCAAAGCUUGUUUUUAUUUUCAGUGUUAAUUUAUUUUAAAAAAAAGAACUUCUUAAAGGCAUUCUCUGGAGCUUUGACUAAAUUCUAGCUUUCAGACAACCUGUGAUGGGAGAUUCUUUCACAGUUACUUUCAGAUUUUGUGGUCUGAGCUGUGCUCACGUCACCACCUGACUGGCAGCGGGCUCUUAGGGAUCAUUCAUAUGGCCUUAUGAAUGAGUCCGCAUCCGUUCCGCAAUUUUGCGGAACGGGUGCGGACCCAUUAAUUUCAAUCGAGCUGCAAAAGAUGCAGACAACACA